CUCCGCGCGGCAGACCCCGCUGAGCGCUCGUGACCGGCCGCGCCGCACAUCGCCGCGAUGGCAAGCUGGAGUCAGACCGCGCUCGCUUCUGCGCUGCUGCUGCUGGCUGUGGGCCACCUCAGCCGGGCCCAGUACCAGACCGGCUACGGAACGGGCCCCCAAGAUGCCGACCUGUUCCCACGCGACGUGCCCGAGGACGACGAGGACCUGGCGGCCGCCCGCGCCGCCAGCAUCAUCGCCAUCAGGCUCUUCCGCACCUCGGACUACGACUCCAACUUCAUCCAGGAUGUCACGCCGUUCUAUAAGUACAGGAGGCCGAUGUUCGUCACGAGUUUCGAGCCGUUCGGAGGAAUCUUGGGCUUGGAAAGCUUCUGAAGUCGGCGGAUACAAGAGUGCACCGCUGGCGGCAGUGUGACGGGAGACCAUCAUGGAUACUGUCCAGGGCAGGGCAGCGGCGACCGGUCGUAGAGCUUCUAAACUCUGACGCCAGUGACCAACCACGCGCCUGCUGAACUCUGACGUCAGCAACCCAAUGUGCACCUUCUAAACUCUGACGUCAGCAAUUAACCGCGCACCUGCUGAACUCUGACGUCCGUGACCAGCCGCGCGUCUUCUAAACUCUGCGACCAGAGACCAACUGCACACCUUUUAUUUAAUAUUACAUAUACGAAACGACCUGCAUU